AUGGGCAAUGCGCCGAUUUGCCAGUCUUGUCAUUCGGAAAAGGGUUUGAGGGCACAAGGGAAUAUACAGGAUUUGGAUAAAACCCCGGACUACUAUGGAUACAGCAGCGAAGAAAAUAAAGAUCCUGAAGCUCUGUCUGACAGCAAUGCAAGCUUCCUCCGAGCUGCCCGAGCCGGCAAUCUGGACAAAGUAGUGGAAUACCUGAAAAGUGGAAUAGACAUUAACACAUGUAAUCAGAAUGGACUCAAUGCUCUGCACCUGGCGGCUAAAGAAGGCCACGUGGGACUGGUACAAGAAUUGUUGGAAAGAGGGUCGGCUGUGGAUUCUGCCACGAAGAAAGGGAAUACAGCCCUGCACAUCGCAUCCUUAGCAGGACAAGCUGAAGUUGUCAAAGUUCUCGUUAAGGAAGGAGCCAAUAUUAAUGCACAGUCUCAGAAUGGCUUUACUCCUUUGUAUAUGGCAGCUCAAGAGAACCACAUUGAAGUGGUGAAAUACCUCCUGGAGAAUGGAGCCAACCAAAGCACAGCUACCGAGGACGGUUUCACUCCUCUAGCUGUCGCCCUGCAGCAAGGCCACAACCAGGCGGUGGCCAUCCUCCUGGAGAACGACACCAAGGGCAAAGUGAGGUUGCCGGCUCUGCACAUCGCCGCUCGGAAAGACGACACCAAGUCGGCGGCGCUCUUGCUGCAGAACGACCACAAUGCCGACGUGCAGUCCAAGAUGAUGGUGAAUAGGACGACUGAGAGUGGCUUCACCCCUUUGCACAUAGCCGCCCACUACGGAAAUGUCAACGGGGCGACCCUUCUGCUGAAGUAAAACGUGGCGACGCUUCUGCGGACCCGAGGAGCUGCCGUGGAUUUCACAGCAAGGAAUGGAAUCACCCCACUGCAUGUGGCUUCCAAAAGGGGAAACACAAACAUGGUGAAGCUCUUGUUGGAUCGCGGAGGGCAGAUCGAUGCCAAAACCAGGGAUGGACUCACCCCGCUCCACUGCGCUGCGAGAAGUGGACAUGACCAGGUUGUGGAGCUGCUCCUGGAGCGAGGUGCCCCGCUGCUUGCACGGACCAAGAAUGGACUGUCCCCGCUUCACAUGGCGGCCCAGGGGGACCACGUGGAAUGCGUCAAACACCUCCUGCAACACAAAGCUCCCGUGGACGACGUCACGCUGGAUUACCUGACCGCCCUCCACGUGGCCGCACACUGCGGCCACUACCGCGUCACCAAACUCCUCCUGGACAAGAGAGCAAAUCCCAAUGCUCGCGCCCUGAAUGGUUUUACUCCACUGCACAUUGCCUGCAAGAAAAAUCGCAUCAAAGUCAUGGAACUCCUGGUGAAAUAUGGGGCUUCAAUCCAGGCUAUAACAGAGUCGGGCCUCACACCAAUACACGUGGCUGCAUUUAUGGGCCACUUGAACAUAGUCCUCCUUCUGCUGCAGAACGGAGCCUCUCCCGAUGUCACUAACAUUCGUGGAGAGACUGCGUUGCACAUGGCGGCACGUGCUGGGCAGGUGGAAGUAGUUCGCUGCCUCCUGAGAAACGGGGCCCUGGUUGAUGCCCGAGCCAGGGAAGAACAGACUCCACUGCACAUUGCUUCUCGCUUGGGUAAAACGGAGAUCGUCCAGCUCCUGCUCCAGCACAUGGCCCACCCUGACGCCGCGACGACUAACGGGUACACGCCGCUGCACAUCUCUGCUAGAGAGGGCCAAGUCGACGUCGCGUCGGUUCUCCUAGAGGCAGGUGCCUCGCACUCCAUGUCCACCAAAAAGGGAUUCACGCCUCUGCACGUGGCAGCCAAGUACGGGAGCCUGGAAGUGGCGAAACUCCUGCUGCAGCGGCGCGCCUCUCCCGAUUCGGCUGGAAAGAAUGGAUACACCCCGCUGCAUAUUGCUGCCAAGAAAAAUCAGAUGCAGAUAGCUACCACUCUAUUGAACUAUGGGGCUGAGACCAAUAUUUUGACCAAGCAGGGAGUCACCCCACUUCAUUUGGCCUCCCAAGAAGGUCACACUGACAUGGUGACCUUGCUUUUGGAGAAGGGAUCCAAUAUCCACGUGGCAACAAAGACUGGACUGACAUCCUUACACCUUGCCGCUCAAGAGGAUAAAGUGAAUGUAGCUGAAAUACUCACAAAGCACGGUGCAAACCAGGAUGCUCAGACAAAGCUUGGUUAUACACCUUUAAUCGUGGCGUGUCACUACGGAAACAUCAAAAUGGUGAAUUUCCUUCUCAAGCAUGGCGCGAACGUCAAUGCUAAAACAAAGAACGGGUACACCCCUCUUCACCAAGCUGCUCAGCAAGGCCACACUCACAUCAUUAACGUUCUCCUCCAACACGGAGCCAAGCCCAACGCCAUCACCACUAAUGGUAACACUGCCUUAGCUAUCGCAAGGCGCCUGGGCUAUAUCUCAGUGGUCGAUACGCUGAAGGUUGUAACGGAGGAGAUUACCACCACCACAACUACGGUGACAGAAAAGCACAAGCUAAAUGUUCCUGAGACAAUGACCGAGGUGCUGGAUGUUUCAGAUGAAGAAGGUGAUGACACAAUGACAGGAGAUGGAGGAGAGUACCUCAGGCCAGAAGACCUCAGGGAACUGGGAGAUGACUCUUUACCAAGCAGCCAGUUCUUAGACGGUAUGAACUACCUAAGGUACAGCUUGGAAGGAGGACGAUCCGACAGCCUGCGAUCCUUCAGUUCAGACAGGUCGCACACCUUGAGCCACGCCUCCUACCUGAGGGACAGCGCCAUGAUCGACGAUACGGUCGUAAUCCCCAGCCAGCAGGUAACAACUCUGGCCAAAGAAGCUGAAAGGAAUUCAUAUCGCUUAAGCUGGGGCCCUGAAAACUUGGACAAUGUGGCUCUUUCUUCCAGCCCUAUUCAUUCAGGAUGCUCUUCUCCAUGUCUUGAUCAUGACAACAGCAG